AUGGACCGGCCCGAGGACAGGCGGGACCCGCACGGCGAUUACGGGGGACACGGGGACAACUACUACGGCAAACACGGAACACCACAGAAGUACGACCCGACUUUCAAAGGCCCCAUUUAUGACAGGGGCUGCACGGACAUCGUCUGCUGCGUCCUGCUGCUGGUGGCCAUCGUGGGCUACGUGGUGGUCGGCGUGGUGGCCUGGACCCACGGAGACCCCCGGAAGGUGAUCCACCCCACGGACAGCCGCGGGCGGUUCUGCGGGCAGCAGGGGACCCCCAACGAGAAAAAACCUUUCCUUUUUUACUUCGACAUCGUCAAGUGCGCCAGCCCCUUGGUGCUGCUGGAAUUCCAAUGCCCGACCACGCAGAUUUGCGUCGGCAAAUGCCCGGAUCGCUACAUGACCUACCUGACGGCUUACGGCAACGCCGCCGCGCUGCAGUAUUACCGGAAUUUCUGCGCCCCGGAGUUCGGGAGCUCGCGGAAGGCUCCCGUGGAGGUGCUGAAGGACAAGGAGUGUCCGGCCAUGCUCAUUCCCAGCACGCCGCUGGCGCGGAGAUGUUUCCCAGCCAUCCAGGCCAAGAAGGGCGUCAUCAUGGUGGGCAACGAGACCACCUACGACGACGGCCAGGGGCGCCGCAGGAACGUCACCGAGCUGCUGGAAGGGGCCAAAAAAGCCAACGUGGUGCUGGAGACGCGUCAGCUGGCCAUGAAGAUCUUCGAGGAUUACACCGUGUCCUGGUACUGGAUCAUCAUAGGCCUGGUCAUCGCCAUGGUGGCCAGCUUGAUCUUCAUCGUCCUGCUGCGAUUCCUGGCCGGGAUCAUGGUCUGGGUGAUGAUCGUCAUGGUGAUCCUGGUGUUGGGAUACGGGAUCUUCCACUGUUACAUGGAAUACGCCAAGUUAAAAGGGGAAGCGGGGUCGGACGUGUCCCUGACGGACCUGGGCUUCCAGACCGAUCUCCGCGUCUACCUCCACCUGCGGCAGACGUGGCUGGCGUUCCUGAUCAUCCUGUGCGUGGUGGAGCUGGUGAUCGUCCUGCUGCUCAUCUUCCUGCGCAAGAGGAUCCUCAUCGCCAUCGCGCUCAUCAAGGAGGCCAGCAGGGCCGUUGGUCACGUCAUGUCAUCGCUGCUGUUUCCCUUGUGCACCUUCUUCCUGCUGUGCCUCUGCAUCGCCUACUGGGCCAGCACCGCCGUCUUCCUGUCCACCUCCAACGAGGCCGUUUACAAGGUGUUCAACGAGUCCGCGUGCCCGUUCUCCGGGCAGACCUGCAAGCCCGAGACCUUCAACACCAGCAACGUCACCAAGCUGUGCCCCGACGCCCAGUGCCUCUUCGCGUUCUACGGCGGCGAGACCGCCUAUCACAAGUACCUCAUCGUGCUCCAGUUCUUCAACGUCUUCAUGUUCUUCUGGCUCGCCAACUUCGUCAUCGCGCUGGGCCAGGUGACGCUGGCGGGCGCCUUCGCCUCCUACUACUGGGCCUUCAAGAAACCGGACGACAUGCCGGCCUUCCCGCUCUUCUCCGCCUUCGGCCGCGCGCUCCGGUACCACACCGGCUCGCUGGCCUUCGGCUCGCUGGUCCUGGCCAUCGUCCAGGUCAUCAGGGUCACCCUGGAGUACCUGGACCACCGGCUGAAAGCUGCUGAGAACAAGUUUGCCAAGUUCCUCCUGAGCUGCCUCAAGUGCUGCUUCUGGUGCCUGGAAAAAUUCAUCAAGUUCCUCAACAGGAACGCCUACAUCAUGAUCGCCAUCUACGGCACCAACUUCUGCACCUCGGCCCGGAACGCGUUCUUCCUGUUGAUGAGGAACAUCAUCAGGGUGGCCGUGUUAGAUAAAGUCACGGAUUUCCUCUUCUUCCUCGGGAAGCUCCUCAUUGUGGGAAGCGUGGGAAUCCUCGCCUUCUUCUUCUUCACCCAGCGGAUAAAGCUGGUCCAGGACACGGCGCCGCCGCUGAAUUACUACUGGGUCCCGAUUCUGACGGUGAUCGUGGGCUCCUACCUCAUCGCCCACGGGUUCUUCAGCGUGUACGGCAUGUGCGUGGACACCCUCUUCCUCUGCUUCUUGGAAGACCUGGAGCGCAACGACGGCUCGGCGGAAAAACCUUAUUUCAUGUCCCAGAACCUGAGGAAACUUCUCAAGAAGACCAACAAAGGCCAGCCCGAGGCGUAGAGCCGCCCGUCCCACGUGGAAUUCACCUCCAUGGACCUUGGACCACCCACUCCUCCCUCCCGGCAGCGCCGGGGGGAGAUCGGUAAAAACGCGGAUUUUUCACGACUCGGCCUUAAAUCCUUGCGCUGGUGACGAUGACGAGCUUGUCGCCGCUAACGAGCCGCAGGGCCCCGUGAUAAAAACGGGAAAAAUCCCAAUUCCCGGGGUUCGGCGACUCCGGAGCGAGUUUAGGUGUGUUUGAUCCCAUUUUGAUCCCGUUUUGAUCCCGUUUUGAUCCCGGUGAAGCCUUCUGGGAUCGGCUUUUCCUCAUCGCCGGGGAUGUGGGCGCAGAGGUGACGGUCGAAGGAGCCGGGAGGUUCAGGCAGCUCCUCGUGGGGUGUUUUCCUUGUGACCCUCCCAAAAAUAUUUAAUUACAGUUGUUCAUUCCUGCCCGGAGAGCCGGGACGGGCUGGGAUCGCUUCCCAUCUCUUGCUGCCCUUUUGACACCCCAGAGCCCCCGUUCUGGGCCCUAAUUAAUUAAUUCUCUUUUAGGAAUAAGCUAAUUAAUGCUCUUGUAGCCGCUGCAGGGAGCGAAGGUGAAGGAGAGGGGGCCGUGAGCAGAAUUUGGCUCUGUCCGGUUCUGGCGCCGCUCGAGGACCUGCAGAUUCCACAGAUUCCUCCCCAAAAAUCUGCGCCUGGUCCCAAAAGUUGUCGCUUUAGGGCACGGCCUCUCCCAGCUCCCUUCACCUGCAUCAGGGGUUUUGGGACCCCCGCCCCAGAGCGCGGGGAGGGGGCGUGGAUGGACCUUGGAGGGGGUUUUGGUUUAAUUCCGGGUGAUUUUAGCAAAGCCAGUGGCAGCCGACACCUCGUGGCUUGUGCCAGGAGGGGAGAAAGGGAGUUAUUUUUUGAGCUGAAAAGGGGUCAAUUAACUCUAAAAUAUAAUUAACUCAAGCUUAAAAUAUAACAGAAUUAACCCUCAGACCUGGUGGAGACACGGGAGCAGAGCCACCGUCAGCAAUUGGGAUUUUUUUGGGCUCAUUUGUUCAAAAAGGAUUUAAAGAAACGCUCUGAGGAUUUGGGGGACCAGUCCCACCUUCCCCCCCUGUCAGGGCUCCAGGAAUUGGUGUUGAGGGAUCCCUUGGGCUGCUUUUUAUCCCAAUUCCUUUGUUUUGUAUCAUCCAGGGGGCAUUUCUAUGGAAUUAUCCAAUGCUUUGGGGAGCUUUUGUAUAUUUUGCUUUUCCAGGAUGUUUUUUUGGUUAGGGUUAUUUGGAGCUUUUUCCAGUGAAUUUUUGGGGGCAAGCUUUGGUUUCUCUGACACCGCCGGGCAGAGAUUCCCGUGCUGGAAUCAAACACUGAAAUUUCCCUAAUUUAUUUUUAUUUUUUUUAAAAAAAAUUCCCUAUAUUUUCCCUUUUCCCACCUCGUUUUUCAGCUGACAGAGGAGUGGAAGGGAAAAUUGAAGCC